UUGAGCAUUCAAACAAGGGAGAGGAAGUAUCUUUGUGUGUGUGUGUGUGUGUGUGGAGCCCAGCAGGGUCACACACAUCGAGACAGACAUCGAGUGCUGCUGGAAGAUCAUCAACCAAAGAUGCUCUUUGGUCUGCCUGAGCAAUGCGAAAAGCUGCUGGAGGAACUCAGUGGGUCAGGCAGCAUCUAUGGAGGGAAAUGGAAAGUUGACGUUUCGGGACGAGACCCUUCGUCAGGACUGGCAUUUGGUCUGCCCGAAACACAGGGAGAUGUCUGUAAGGGAAUGCUGCUGGCUGGCAUGUUCCAGGUUGCAGGAGUGUGUGCUGAGGGAUUCACGGAAGCUUUCCCUGUUGACCCUCAUCAUAGAAAACGUCGUAUCCGGAUGCGUCACGGCUUGGUAUGGCAACUGCUCUGCCCGAGACCGCAAGAAACUGCAGAGAGGUGUGGACACAGCUCAGCGCGUCACGGAAACCAGCCUCCCCUCUAUGGACUCUGUCUACACUUCUUGUUGCCUUGCAGUAAGAUGUCCGUAAGGGAAUGCUGCUGGUCGGCACAUUCCAGGCUGCAGGAGUAUAUGCUGAGGGGUGCACUGAAGCUCGGUGCAGCCAACAUUAAGGAUCUAUGGGGAAGGAUCACAAUCUAGGGUCCUUCCACUACUGGAAAUGGGAAGGCUGAGUCGGGUAGGGAAACUCCUCAAACAUUGAAAAGGUUUCGUGGUCAUUUGUGCAUAUCCUGUAAUGCACAGAGAUCACCAACAAAACCUCACAUCUGGGACUGUUGUUGUGACAGAAGCACUUGAAGGAGAGGUGGAACAAACUGUCUCACCAUAAUUUCAGAUCCAUUCAAGAUGAUACAUUCCUGAUGAAUUAAUUGCAAAUAUAACUUGUCCAAGAAUCAGGAACCUGGCGCAGUUGUUACUUUAAUAAUGUCAAAAGGCAACAAGAAAUUGUUUACGAAAAGCUGCUAAUUGAACUAAUUGGACACACUCCUGAAAUCAUAAGUAGCACAAUGCGGAUUAGUUUAUGCCAGGUGCUGUUGACUGGGGCAAUAUUGAUUAAUCUGGUGGUUCUUUACUACGUCUCCAGAACCCAACAGCAAAUGUUGAAGCACAAAGAACCAGGGAAAGCUGUCUCUCGGAGGCUGUCACUUUCACGAGUCACUGGAAUUACUGUGCUGAUCAGAGAGUUUGAAGACUUUGAGAAUUGGGUAGUAGGCGUUGCGCAGUCCUUCAUGAAGAAAAGGCCAGAUCAGCCCAUUGUGGUGGUGGCUGAUAAACUACCCUACCCACCAUUGGAUCUGCCUGAUAAGCAAAAUAUUCAGGUGGUCCUGUUGAAAGCAUCUCCUGAUCAGCCACACUAUGUCAUUAGACCUGAAUUUUAUAUCAAGACAGAGUACACCCUUCUGGUGCCAGAUGGGGUACAGUUGGACUCAACUCAGCAAAUUGACCGCCUUCUUCAGGAAUUUGAGUCCAACAAAGAGAAGGUCCGAAUGGUCGCAGCCCCUGUUCAGCCUUCUGGAAUGUUUCAAUGUCUAAACUUGCGAGUUAACCUGAAGGAAUGGAGUGCAGUUUACAGCCUCUCUGCCGGUCAGAUUUGCGAUGCCAUCGGUGGAGAUACUGUGGUUCUUGUUCGGACAGAAGACUUGUUCAACCUCUCUCAGCCUAUGCUGAGGCCGCUUAUGACCUCCCUCUUCAUUCAGUCUUCACUGCAUGGCUGGAGGGUGAAGACAGCAGAGAAUGUCGUUUUCUCUUCAUACCACCGCUCUCUGUACAUGUCAGCCCACAACCAAUGGAAGGCUGACAACCAUGCAAAAGCAAGGUUGGCUCACCUCUUCAAAGACUUUGGCAUAAAACGUGUGGUUCAGGUUGAUGGGAAGGAGCACUGGUACGGAUGCAACAAAGACACUCCUCGCUGUUUUGGCACUGUGCAUGACGACACACCCGAAUACCUGUAUCAGAACAGGUGGACUCCGCCUUGCUGCCUCAAAGCCUUGCGUGAGACUGCCAAAUAUGUUAUAAAGAUCUUGGAAUCCUCAGGAGUCCGCUACUGGAUGGAAGGUGGCACACUACUGGGAGCAGUCCGUCAACAGGACAUCAUUCCCUGGGACUACGAUGUGGAUCUUGGAAUUUACUUGGAAGACGUGGAGAAAUGUGAGUUACUGAGGAGUCUGGAUUCUGGCUCGGUUGUUGAUGAGAACGGCUACGUGUGGGAAAAGGCAGUGGAAGGAGAAUUCUACAGAGUUCAGUACAGCGAAAGCAACCACUUGCAUGUUGACCUGUGGCCCUUCUAUGCCAGAGAAGGGAUCAUGACCAAAAACACCUGGAUGGAUCACAAGCAGGACGUUGAGUUCCCCGAGCACUUUCUGAAGCCACUUGUACCCAUGCAGUUUGCUGGGGUGACUGCUAAUGCACCCAACAAUCACAGGCGCUUCCUAGAAUUGAAAUUUGGGGAGGGGGUCAUUGAAAACCCUCAAUACCCAAAUCCUGCAAAGAAAAGAUUGGAGAAGGUGGACUAAGUGGCGGAAUCGGGUAUCUCAGAAUGAGAUAUGCAGCAGUUACAUGAGGGGCUCCAGAUGUUAGAAUCUUUUGAGAAGUGCUCUUGCCAUGGAACAUGAUAUCCCACCUAUUUGUUUUCUCUUAGCAGUUUCCUGGGAGGCAGUUCCAUGAUCACUGUCUGGCCUUUCUUCACGUACAAAUGCAGACAGUCAUGGUUGUUGGGAGGUAAUGGGGUUUGAACCCAGCCUUAUCCUAUCCCUCUGUCUGUUAUCCACAUGCAUGCCUUUCCUAACAGGAGAUGCUGCAUCUCCACAGCUGAACACAGUGUAGUCAAACGUUACCUGACCUUUUGACUCAUUUAUACAUCAAACAGUGCAUUUGCCCACAGUCUUGAUGUAUAGGUGAUAUUUCAUCCCUUAAAAUCUAUAGAAUAAGACUAUAGAUUGAAUAAACAAAUUGUGGGAUAUAAAGAGACAAAUUUGCACAAAGAAGACCAUGUUGCAAGUGGAUAUCUCAAGACUCCUAACCACAAUUUAUAAGGAGUUAUCUGAUAGGACUGAAAAAAUAUAGCAACCCAAUGUUAUAAUGUGUAUGCACAUCUUGAAAUGUUAAGAUAUGCCGAGCACUAGAGGGUGCUCUGUGAUGGUGCAGGGUCUGUGUUGAACAUAUCCUAAUCAUAGCUAAUUUUCUGAUUAUUAUUUGAAAAACCUGCUGCUAACUCUGUGCAUCCACAAUUUGAUGAACUAAACCAUUGCCCAUUAAAUACUGUUUCCAGUCCAAGUAUUUUUGUCAUUUAUAUGCACAAGGCUUUAUCCGUUCAGUUUCUCCAGCUUUACUCUGAAUUUCACAACACAGUUCCAUCUUAACCAGUAAUCUGUUGCUUGUAUCCUAACUUUUAUCAUUAACUUUAUUGACUCCCCUUCAUUCAGUGCAUUUAAAUCUAACUAUUACUCCUUACGUACAUAUUACAUUAUGGCUUUGCUCUAUCUUGUCUUUACAAUUUCCUUGGCUUAGUCUAGCAUUCUCAUCUUAGAGUUAGAAGGUUGUGUGUUCAAAAAGCACUUCAGAGAUCUGAGUACAUAAUCUGUGAUGAUUCGUGUAUAUAUAUAGUUCUGAGGGAGUGCUGCAUUGUUUGGCAUGUCAACUUUCAAUUGAACCUUAAAUUGCCCAAUAAUUACAGGCACUUCCUUGAAUUAAAGUUUGGGAGGAGUGCAUCCUUUUGAAUAGAUACAAAAGGUCUUGGUAAGUUAUUCAGAACAAUGAAAGAAGUUUCUGCCAAUGUUCUGGGUUACAUUUUUCACAUUUUCUAGUUAUUAUCUCAUUACUUUUUGUGGGAUCUUGCUGUGCUCAAAUGGGCAGCCCUGUUUCCAUUACAGUUCUUCUUUGGCUGCAAAGUGCUUUGUAACAUCCUGAGGACAUAAAAGUUACCAUACAAAAUGCAAAUUGUUUCAAGCCAUCAUAUAUUAGGGUUCAUUCCUCCAGGUCAAAAAUAGAACGCUGAAUGCUUUAACUUUUCACAGGUUACCAAAUCUCAAUAACAUCACUCCACCCAUCCUCCACCGCAGAACCCUACUACAGUCACCCAGAGCUGAGCUGUUACCUUAUCAUGGACCAUGGAACCAAAGCUGGACUUUUACACACUGAUUUCAUUUAAUGAGUCCUGAGGAACCAGCAAACCAUGAGAUCUCACUGAGGCAGCAACAUGUUCUAAAUAUUUAAUGACAGCAGGGUUACAGUGACUGAGACCCAAGUACAAAAAAAUUAAGGCCUUGUGAUUCUGCUGAUUGUCAGCUUUUGGCCCACUCACAGGAAAGAACUAAAACUAUCUCAGCUAUUUCCUUUUAAAGAUUAACCAUCAAGUGUUAUCCCUUAGCAUUCACCAGGAGGAAAAUAUCAGAAUUGGCAUCUCACCUCUCUCUCAAAAUUUUUCUCCCAGCACCUUGACCACUCACUUCGCAAAUAUUCUCAUAUCUUGAUGAAUUACAGGCUCCAUAAACAUUAUAUCAUCUUCGCUACCUCAGCCACACAGCUGAUUUUAAUGCCUGUCAGAUUGUAAAGAAAAAUUCUACUUUCAUAACCUCAAGACACUCUAAGAAUUAAAUACCACAGAUGCUUGAAAUCUGAAAUAGCAAAAUGCUGGGAAUACUCAGCAGGUUAGGCAAUAUCGUUUGGAUUGGAGGUCAAGACUUCAGGUCAUUUAGUCCAAGCAUUUUGAUUACCAGACCAUUAAUGUAGCUGCUGUACUAUUGUACCCCAUAAUAUCUAUAACGGGUACAUCCAUGUUCCAGAGGGGAGCAGCACCCAUAGUCCAAUCAUAGAUGUCCAAUCGUGGCCUCUUUUUUUUUAAGGUAAAUGUUUCGUUGUUAACUUUGUUUCUCCACGGGUGCUGCCUGACAUGCUGACCAUUUCCAGCACUUUCUGUUUUUAAUCUCAGAACAUCCCAAAGUGAUUUACAGCCUUUGAAGCAUACUUAUAAGGAUCGACAAACUUUACCUAUGGAGGACUUUCACAACUGAGCCCAACAAGGUCAUUGCUCUUGUCUCCCUCACAUGGACAUUCAAGUAGAACCAGUUCACCAAUUAAUAGUGCAUUUUGGGCCUUGAAUCAAGGAUUUUCUGCACCAUUGAUCUGUUUGUUAUCAACCAUGGUUCAAUGUAGCACUUUCUUCUUAGAGUCAGGACAUAGUUGGUUCAAACAUCACUGCUUGGACUUGAGCAUGUAACCCAGGCCAGUGCUCCUGUGGCAACUAAGUGCUAAAGGAGUGCCACACUCUUUGAAGUUUCUGUGUUUUGUAAUGAAAUGUUAACCUGAUAAGAUAUACCAUGGCAUUAUUUGAGCAGCAAAAUUCUCUUCCAUUCUCAGCCAAUAUUUAUCCCUUAACCAACAUCACCAACAGAGACCAUCUGAUUGAUAUUACAUUGCUGUUUCUGGAAGCUUGCUCUGCAGA